UUACCAGGCCACACCCCCACCAGUCGCUCUUCGCUUGACGCUCCGCCUUCCUGUGUCGGGUGGGCUGCGGGCUGACCCGGGUUCGGGCUUACAGGAUCCCGGCUGUGCCUGGCGGAGAUGGGCAUGGAGAUGUCUCCGCCGACCAUGAUAGAGGGUCUGGGUGAUGAGGUGACUGUGGCGGUUGGUGUCUUCGUCUUACUUCUGGCUAUCAUCCUCGCGUGGCUGUCUACUUAUGUGGCAGAAGGUAACGAUCCCCUCCUGGGCAGCCUGAUGCCCGCCGGGCAUAGCGACCCCGUCCUGGGCCUGAGUAACCCGGCUCCCCCGACUCCUGAACCUCAACGUUCACCCGAGCCUCAAGUGGAGAAACCCGAAGAAGGGGAGCAGGGCUCGGGCGACGAGCAGGGAGCAGGCAGCGAAAACGCCAGCCUGGAGGAGAUGCUGGAUAUCCAAGGGGUGCCAAAGCGCGAUCACUCCGUGCCUCAGAGGAGAAACGAAAGCCAACCUGACCAAGAAGGGACACAAGAAGAUGGUGGAGACCAGGAGGAUGAACUAAGCAGAAGAAAAGAGCUGGAAGUGGAUGAAAGCGGAGUGCAAGGGAAUGCCACUGAAGGACAGUCAGUGCUGGUGGUCCACAGACGCCGGGGGUCGGAGAAGGAGGACGCUGAGCCGGCACAGCCAGAAGAAAGACUUAUCUCCGUCAGGCUGAAGUUCCUGAACGACUCAGAAGAGGUGGCUCUGGUGAGGCCAGAUGACACAGUGGGAACUCUAAAAAGUAAAUACUUCCCAGGCCAGGAGUCCCUGAUGAAGCUAAUUUACCAAGGACAGCUUCUUCAUGACUCUUCUCAGACCCUCCGUUCCCUCCAUAUUACAGACAACUGUGUCAUUCAUUGCCACCGCUCUCAGGCCACCGUCCAGUCAUCCCCAGCAGGCCCAGAGUCUGCAGGAGGCGCUCAGGAGCAUGCUGGUCUCACACCCCCGAUCGGGAACCUGAUGAUACCGGUCUUCGUUGUCAUGUUGGCACUAAUCUGGUAUUUCCGAAUCAACUACCGUCAGUUUUUCACUGCACCUGCCACGGUCUCUUUGGUCGGCGUCACGGUGUUCUUCAGCUUCUUGGUUUUUGGCAUGUAUGGACGAUAAAGGGGUGGGGGUGAGAGGCGUGUAGGAACUUUGGACUGGUGCAUUGCAGAACUAUAUGGGAUAAAGAAAGCUACAUUAUGUAUUCUGUAUCAGACUACCAAUAUUCUAUGGGCUUGGAGUUGAUUAAUCCUGUAGGUUCUUCAUUAGUGUUUGGACUAAGCUAGGCAUUUUCUCAUGGCGUCCACCAAACUAAGCGUAAGCCCUUGGGUUGACUGGAUGCCAUCACCUGCAUGCAUGAUGCAAAAGGGACUCUUUUCCCGACCUUUCCCGUAGGACACAAUGCUGGCGUUGAGGUCAGUAGCCUAAAGUCAAGCGGUCUUCGCGUUUGAAGUCACGGCGGGGAUGGACACCAUUAGUCAAGGAGGGUCUGGGUUCUACCAAAAACUUUCCCUUUUAGCAUAACUUUAAAUAGACAGCAAUGAAAGUUUUUUUUAAUGAUAAAUCUCACGGCAAACAAACCCCAUUGUUAAGUUGACCGUUAUACGAGUUACAAGUCGCGUUGGCGUCGUGGGAAAAGAUGCAGUGGCUUCCAAAGAUAUUCGAUUGGCUGUCGAUGUAAGAACAUGUAUGUUUUAUUACACACGACGGCCGUAUUAAUACACCAUUGUUUGCCAGGAGCAUUUUACGGGGCAGAAUCUCCUCGUAUAAUCAUCCGAAACCCUUUACGCCGAUAGGAUGGUUUGGAAGAGAAAACAAAGAGUUUGCACUACCAUAGAAUUAAAUGAUUCACAUGAAACGGAAGCAGGGGGUGGGGGGGUCUUUCUGUCGGGUAAUGGGAUGCUGAUCUGCUUCUGCCCCCUUUCCCAGUUACAGGGCGGAAGAAAGGGAAGCGUUGGGUGGGACUUUACAGGGUUAAUGUAUGAAUUAAUUUGAUUGGACUGAAUGUGGAGGUUAUGCACCUCAUUUUACCCACAAAGCAUCUGCACCUGUUCUAUCUUAAUUGGAGAAAUCUGUUUCAGGUUUAAAUAAAAACGUCAAUCGGAGGGAUUUUGGUGAUCGCGUACCUUCUCCUCGACGCUGCGCUUGGUGCUAUGAGACUCGAGGGAUUAAGGGACGAGUGGUUUGAAUGUUGAGUGCGCGUCCAAGCCGUAAUCCUAAUCCCCGGAGCUAACUAUUUUUCUUCUAAUUUGGUGGCAAUUUAGCGAGGCGUUUCAGUUGUCGGGAUGUUUUCUCAGAAAUGGGAUAUUUUGUUGAGCUUUCCCAAAAAAUGGAUCCCUUUUAAACUUCACUCCCGGUUUUAUCAGUAAGCCCGUAUUUUCCGUGUACAUUGUUUGUUUUAUUGUUAUUGAUGCAGAAACGGAUCAGAUAGGGACCUGGCUUCAGGCAGCGUGACGGGAUCAGCGCUGGGCGUACAGCUUUCCUGACCGAUCGAGCGGCUGCUUUUACCGUUAGUCUCCUUUUUAUUAAGCGGUCGCGCACGGCGUGAGUACCGUGUUGCAGAUGCAGAAGGGAAUCAACCAUAGACAAUGGUGUCUGAGCUUCAACAAAGCCAUGGUUAGCGCUGGGGGUGGAGGUUAUAUAAUUCUAUAUUAAAUUCAGCGGGAGACAUCACCAAAAUAUCGCGCAGGACACUAACGAUCCAAUCUCUUUAUAUUUUCGAAUGUGAUAUGUUGGGGAUGUCGGCGCCCGCGCUGGCUGCCUUAGAUUAUUUUCGUUGUGCGUUCUUCCUUUUCUCUAACGUUUAUCUCUGUUUUAUCUCCUUUUUUUUGUUUUGGCCUUAAUAAAGUGUUAAUUACGAGA